ACGGCGUGGCCCCCGCCAUGAGCGGCGGGGCCGGCGGGCCCAGCCGCCGGAGCCCGCCGCCCGCUGAGGGCGAGCCCGCCGCCAGCCCCUCGGAGGGCUCGCCGCUCUCCCUCGCGUCCCGCUGCAGCUCCCCGGGCCGGGAGGAGGAGGAGGAGGAGGAGGAGCGGGCGGCGGCCUCCCGGAGCCCGCCGGGCCAUAGCAUAAAAGCCCUGGAGUGCAGCAGAAUGUGUGGGGCUGUGCUGGACUGGAGGGCUGAAAUAGCAGGGGGGAGAAAAGUGUCACCUUUGAAAGAUAACCUUUCACCAUGGGAAGAGUGGUUCAUUGGCAAAGAGAAGGAGCUGCGUGCCCGCUUACAGGCUAGAGCUGCAGAGGAAAUGAAUAAACAGCUUGAGGAAAUGAAGCAAAAUCAAGAAUGUGAACGAAGAAAAAGGAUAGCUGAAGAGAAACACAAGGAAUGGGUCCAAAAAAAGAGAGAAGAGGAAAGAAGAGAAAGGAAACGAAAGCUGAGCAAAGAAAUGGCAGAAAAAGCCACAAGGGAACUAGAAAAAAUGCAGUUAAAAGAAAAGGCUGAUGAAAAGUAUAAAGAGUGGUUAGAGAAGAAGAGAGCUGAAGAGGCAGAAAAGAAGAAAAAAGAGAAGGAAAAAGAAAAAGAACGGGAGGCUGAGCUACAGGAGAAGAGAACAAGAUCGGAGAAAGUCUUUAAGGAAUGGCUGCAAAAUGCUCGAAACAAACCACAACCUCCUUUAAAUGGUUAUGGUUUCCCACAUGGGAGGUCUACAGGGAGUGCUGCUAGAAAUUUGUAUCCAGCUCCAGCAUAUUGUAACCCCAUUCCUUGGAAGCCAGUACAUGUGCCUCCCCCAAAAGAAGACAGAGUUCUUGCCAUGAAGAAGAGUCAGAGACCUGUAUCUUGUCAGCCACAUGGAUCUUUACCAGUGGUGAUUUCUAAGCCCAGGAGUAACCCUUGUAUUGGAUCCCUGUGCAGAAAGAAGUUAUAGUCCAGAAAAAAUGUUCUUACAAUCUCGACCAAAUUGGACCAUAAAUGUGAAGUUCUGUGUACUUGUAUGUCCAGUGCAGAUUGCUUUGUGCCUUUCUUUUUCUUUUUUUUUUUCCAUUUUUGUCAGCAGGUUUUGUGUUUACUGCUAGUUGACCAAUCAGGUUUUUAUGUUUUUUCUAUAUUGCAUUUUAGUUAAAAAAAAAGAAAAGAUAAGUUGUAAUGGGACUGUACCUCAAUGCCAAUAAAAUGCGUAGGAUUGUUUCUUC